CCAACGCCGUUACAUUAGCCUAAGCUAUCCUCGGAUCAACCUGUAUCCUCCUUGAAGUAAAGGUUGGAAGGAGUUAGGAGUUAUCCGUCCUCUCUUAUAACACUCCAUUUAUAAGCACCGAGAGGAAUCGAGGGCAGGUCACUAUGGCAGCACCUGCAUCAGUGGAAAAUGUCGACCUCAGGCAGGAUAUCGACCCAAAUGCGUCGCCGGCCGGCAGCAUCGACACCAAUACAACCCCUGAUACCGAAUUCUCGCCUCCGGAAAGCCCUCUCCAGCGGGGCGGACCGCCCAAGGAUGCGAGGAAACUGGCGAGAACCAAGCUGGCCACCUUGACGACGGAAGAAAAGGUAUCUCUCCUGACAGCCGCAGACUUCUGGAGAACAAAAGCGAUUCCAUCCAAGAACAUCCCGGCAGUAAAGACGAGUGAUGGGCCUAACGGCGCUCGCGGUGGCAUCUUUGUGGGGGGCACAAAAGCUGCGCUUUUCCCCUGCGGUAUCUCGCUGGCAGCAACAUGGAAUAAGGAUCUCCUUUACCAGGUUGGCCAGCACCUUGCGGACGAGGUCAAGGCUCGGUCGGCCAAUGUCCUGCUCGCCCCUACAGUCUGCAUGCACAGACACCCGCUGGGUGGGAGGAACUUUGAGUCUUUCUCCGAGGAUCCUCUCUUGUGCGGCAAGCUGGCUGCCCAGUACAUCAAGGGUCUCCAGGAGAAAGGCGUCGCCGCUACCAUAAAACACUUUGUCGGAAACGAGCAGGAGACGAACAGGAUGACCAUCAACUCGAUCAUCGCCGAACGGCCGCUUCGCGAACUCUACCUUCGCCCGUUCGAGAUUGCGGUUCGCGAGGCCAAGCCGUGGGCUCUCAUGAGUUCUUAUAACCUUGUCAACGGCGUCCACGCGGACAUGAACACGCACAUCCUCAGGGAUAUCCUCCGCGGUGAGUGGGGAUACGAUGGAACCAUCAUGUCGGACUGGGGAGGCGUCAACUCCACCGUCGAAUCGAUCAAGGCCGGAUGCGACAUUGAGUUCCCGUACUCUGACAAGUGGCGCUUCGGCAAGGUUCUUGACGCCCUCAAGGAAGGGAAGAUUGCCGAGGCCGAUAUCGACCGGGCAGCCGAGAACGUGCUCACUCUGGUCGAGCGGACCAAGGGCAGCGACCUGACGGCCGAGGCCGAGGAAAGAGAGGACGACCGCGAAGAGACGAGGAAUCUCAUCCGCGAAGCGGGCGUGCAGGGGCUCACCCUCCUGAAGAACGAGGGGUCCAUCCUGCCCAUCGACCCGGCCACGGCCAAGGUUGCCGUGAUCGGGCCCAAUGCCAACAGGGCGAUCGCGGGAGGCGGCGGGAGCGCCAGCCUCAACCCGUACUACACCACGCUGCCCCUGGACAGCAUCCGCAAGGUUGCCAAGCAGCCGGUCAGCUACAGCCAGGGGUGCCACAUCCACAAGUGGCUUCCUGUUGCGUCCCCCUACUGCUCCGACAAGACGGGGAAGCAGGGGGUGUCGAUCGAGUGGUUCAAGGGCGACAAGUUCGAGGGCCAGCCGGUCGUGUUCCAGCGGCGGACCAACACCGACCUCUUCCUGUGGGACUCGGCCCCGCUCGCCCAGGUCGGCCCGCAAUGGUCGGCCAUCGUGACGACCUACCUGACGCCCCCGAGCACGGGCAAGCACACCAUCUCGUUCAUGACGGUCGGGCCGGGCAGGCUCUACGUCAACGGGCAGCUCGCGCUGGACCUCUGGAACUGGACCGAGGAGGGCGAGGCCAUGUUCGACGGCUCGAUCGACUACCUCGUCGACGUCGAGAUGCAGGCGGGCCGGCCGGUGGAGCUCCGGGUCGAGAUCACCAACGAGCUGCGCCCGAUCGCCAAGCAGAAGCAGUUCGACAUGACGCACAAGUACGGCGGCUGCCGGAUCGGGUUCAAGCCCGAGGACAAGGUCGACUACCUGCAGGAGGCCGUCGAUGCGGCCAAGGCGGCCGACGUCGCCGUGGUCAUCGUCGGCCUGGACGCCGAGUGGGAGUCGGAGGGCUACGACCGCAAGAGCAUGGACCUGCCCUCGGACGGGAGCCAGGACCGCCUCGUCGAGGCCGUCCUCGCGGCCAACCCGCGCACCGUCGUCGUCAACCAGUCCGGCUCACCCGUCACCAUGCCCUGGGCCGACCGCGUGCCUGCCAUUAUCCAGGCGUGGUACCAGGGCCAGGAAGCCGGAAACGCCCUCGCCGCCGUGCUCUUUGGCCUCGACAACCCAAGCGGCAAGCUCCCGUGCACCUUCCCCCGACGUCUCGAGGACACGCCCGCGUACCACAACUGGCCCGGUGAGAACCUGGAGGUCAUCUACGGCGAGGGCAUGUACAUCGGGUACCGGCACUACGACCGGGUCGGGGUGGCGCCGCUGUUCCCGUUCGGGCACGGGCUGUCGUACACGACGUUCGAGUACGGGCGGCCGUCGGUGAGCCCGAAGGUGCUCGGCCCGGACGGGGGCGCGAUCGAGCUGGUGGUGGCCAUCAGCAACGUCGGGCCGGUCCGGGGCCUCGAGACGGUGCAGGUGUACGUGCGGGACGAGCGGAGCCGGCUGCCGCGACCGGAAAAGGAGCUCGUCGCGUUCGAGAAGGUCGAGCUCGAGCCGGGCGAGACCAAGCACCUGCGCAUCCCGCUCGACAAGUACGCCGUCGGCUACUACGACACGGCCCUGCGCCGCUGGGUGGCCGAGCAGGGCACCUUCCGGGCCCUGGUCGGUGCCUCGGCCGCGGAUAUCAAGUAUGAUGUCGCGUUUGAGGUCAAGGAGACGUUUACCUGGGUUUUCUAGUGUAAAAGGAAAAAAGGGGAUAGGCCACGGGUCUGAACACGGACAUGCAUGCAUGGAGGGUUUGCUGCCAUCCUCCCCCACUUCUCGCUGUAUUGUACAUACACACAUAAUUACAACCUUCGUUUCUUGCCCCGAACGGCAUCUCAU